CACCAUGUAACCUACCUGGCUGGUAGUCCCAGCAAUCAACGUAGCGAAUCCAACCUUUUCGCCCUUGCCCUCAAUGGCGUCAUGGCUGGUGUUGGCCAGCUGACAAAGGUGUCAUGAGUUCUUGAGUAGAGAGGUGAAGGUCAGAAAGUUGUCCUUCAUCUCGCUGGUCUCGAACCUGCGUCUAUUACAUCGAGGACGAUGAUGCUCAUAUGUUACACGAGGAAAAGAGGAAGAAAAUAAGCCAUACUAGAAUUGUUGAGAAUCAUGAAUUAGAAAUGUCGAAUAAAGAAAGAGUUUAUGUGUAGUUAUAGUUAGGGUGGCUAUGCGGUUUGGUAUGGUUAAACUGGCCCUGAUUUAUCUGGUCACGGUUCGGUCUUUUCAGGAAUACGAGGACUAAAGAUGGGAUUGGAUAUAGUCCAGUCUUGACCCGGUCCGGUCUUGACCCAGUAUGGUCCCAAUCCGGUCUUGAUUUUAGAUUGAGCUUGUGGGAGUUUGAGUGGGCUCAGGCCUUAAAGGAUGAGGAGUUGGUCAGGUUUUAGGUGUUGGAUCUUUUAUCCGGUCUUUUUCGGUUUCCGGUCCGGUUCCAAACGAUUUUUUACCUCAAAUCUAAGCCCGAAAGGUGGAUUGAAUUAUUUGCUAUCCGAUCCCAGUCCGGUCUUGGUCCGGGUUAUGCAGUUUGGUUUCGGGUAAAACCAAAAAACUCGGACCAAAAUCCACCCCUAGUUAUAGUCACACGUUAAUAAUUUAUUCCAAAGAAGGAAAGAAUCGGGUAUGGUUUGGGUGAUUAGGGGAUUAUAGAAGAUAAAAUUUUAUUUCUAAUAGUUCCAAAAAUGUGGAGGAAAUUUAAAAGAUAGAUUUUUUUAUUAUUUUUUAAUUAUCACGUCACACAUUUAAUGAUCAGCUAUUACAUGUUCGAAAACCUAAACAAUUAUCGAACUAGCCAUUCUUGGAGAUAGAAAACAAGAUUUAGCUCUAUUAAAAGGUGAGUCUACCUAGCUUCUUGAAAUGACAGUCUAAAGGGAGAAAUGACACCUAAGUCGCCGUUCUCACCCUCGAGCUUCUGAUAAAUUUAUGAUUUCUGGUGAGUUUCUCUGGAAGCAGAGUAACCCCAUGUUCAACUUAUCUUCAAAUGAGGUUCGAGGGAUUUUAUUUAUAGGCAUUUUAGUCAUAUUUUUUCAAUAUUUUUAGUAGGAGGGAAACUCUCCCGAUCGUAUAUCUUCAAAAUAUCUUAAACUUGAUGCCAAAGGAAAUAAUAUACGAUAAGUUAGAGUGCAAAACCAUCUUGUGGAAAAGGGAACCCGAGCCACCAUUUUGGAGUAUGGUGGACAAUUGGGCCUCCAUUUUUGGACUAAGCUUCCAGCUCCAUUUAUGGCUUCUAGCUCGUACAAGGUGUACCACUAGGUUCUAUGGCAUGAUUUUUUUUUUAUCAUUUUUUAAUUGUCACGUCACACAUUUAACGAUCAUCUAUGAGAGUUUACCUGUUCGAAAACCUAAACAACUAUCGAACUAGCCACUCUUGGGGAUAGAAAACAAGAUGUAGCUCUAUUGAAAGGUGAGUCUACCUAGCUUCUUGAAAUGGCAGUCUAAAAAGGGGAAAAUGGCACCUAAGCCACCGUUCUCACCCUCGAGCUUAUGAUAAAUUUAUGAUUUGUGGUCCCAUGUUCAACUUAUCUUCAAUGAGGUCCGAGGGGUUCUAUUUAUAGGCAUUUUAGUCAUGUUUUUCCAAUAUUUUUAGUAGGAGGGAAACUCUCCCGAUCGUAUAUCUUCAAAAUAUCUUAAACUUGAUGCCAAAGGACAGAAUAUAUGAUAAGUUAGAGUUCAAAACCAUCUUGUGGAAAAGGGCACACGAGCCACCAUUUUGAGUAUGGUCGACAAUUGGGGUCUCCAUUUUUUGACUGAGCUUCCAGCUCCAUUUAUGACUUCUAGCUCGUACAAGGUGUCUGCUGGGUGAUAUCGCAUGAAAAUUCACAAAACACUAUCAAACAUUUGUCAACAGUAUGAAAACACAGCUAGAAACUACUAAACACACCAUUGACCAAAUACAAAAGAAAUUCCAAGUCAUAAAGGCCAAAUAUAUGUAGAAAAGUGUAAAACAUGCCAUAAAAUGAGGUGAUAAAAACGUGCAUUUUAUAUGUCAUCAAAGAACUCCACCCUUAAACUUUUAUUGUCCCCAAGAAAAUCGUACUCCAAAUCGUACAACUCACUAGCUAGACUUCUGUGAUGACACGUAACUUUUGAUCGUAGGUAGUGGAUAAUACGUAACGUGUAAGUUCCUCAUAUCCCCUUCAAUCUCUUCUUCCUCCUACAGAGCAAUGAAGAAAGAAUCCUACUAACCUGAUCUUUGCCAAAAAUUAACCCAAACCCAAAACUCUUGCAAUGUAUCCCUAAUUGUCGAUGACAGCACAAGAAACAAAAAUUAAAGAAUAACAAAAAAUCUUCAAUCCAAUUGAGAAACAGAAAAUCGCCACUACCGUUGUUGGGAUUUGCAUUCUAAUAUUGGUUAUUAUUGUUGUUAUCACCAUUUUUGUUGUUCUUCUGUAGAGAAACGCUAACGCUCAAAACAUUGAAACUAUAAACAAAAGGGGAAGAAAGGAAGCAUGAGGCGGUUAGUAAUGGGGAGUGUGAUGGACAAGAAUCGGAGUACCCAUGGAGUGAGAAGGAGUGAGAACGAGUGAGCGGUGAGGUUAUUUUCGGUUUGGUGAUAAUCCCUAGGCAGGUGGGUUUGAUCAGAGAAGCACGGCUAGGUUUCAAUUCAAAGAUUGAUUUGAAUUUCGGUGAGAAAAUAACACAAAAAAUAGGGUCUUGUGUUCGUGUUUCAGAAUGGAAGCUUUCGUGCAACUUUCACGAUGGGGAAAGAGGCUCGAUUGGUGUCGUCGAUGCUUGGCCACAGACAAGGUGAGUACUUGAACGAUACAAGCUAAAGAUCAAACCCAGAAUCGGCUAGGUUGAUCUCUCAAUUCACAAGUCGAAAUCCUUAUGAAAUCAAAUUCCACGUUUAUUAUUCAAUUGUGCAAAAACUAACGAUUGCAAUGAAACAAUAAGCUUAAAUAGGCCUAGCUAGGUUAACCCUUGUCUAAACAAGUCCUAGUUACAAUCCAAAACGAGAAAGAAUAAAAAAUCAACAUUGAAACAACUAGCUAAUCCUAAUCCGAUAAGGAUUCGAAUUCUGGAAUUUCCAAAGGCAGCAAACAUGUCUUCAAGCGAUCUAUGGAGCUUUCGUUCGAAGCCUUCGAGGAACCAAAUCAAUUACUCAAUUCCUUGCGUGUGUAAACUGAAAGCUGUAGUUUGAUGUGGAGCAAACCUUUGGACUCGAAUCCCAGCCAUCUCUCUUGAAUCAAGCUCCAAAAUUAGCUUCCUGAACUAGGAUUCUGCCUUAGCCAAGUUCUGGCAGUUUUCCUAUUUCAAGUGAGCAACUUGAUCGACAUGAAAAACAAUCUUCUGGACUUCCUCUCGAGCUCCAAAGCAUGUCAUUCGAAAGAGCAACUCUUCUUCUUCAAAACAAGCCCAAGAACUCAAAUUUAUACCAAGCCAAUCACGAGUUGCACACGUCCAAAGUUGACCACCUGAAAUGAUUAAAAGACUUAACCAAAAAUUAGUGCUCUUCAAUGCUCUUGAAUUGUUUUUCGAUCAAUCAAUCACAGCCUGGUUACUGACCAAUUUGAGAUCACAUAAUUUGGGAUUUGAGGAUUUUAGGUCAUUAGUUGUGGGUGUAUUUUCCUUUUCGUUUUAGUAUUCCUUGUUGUGUUUGAGAUGGGAUAGCCGAAUAGGAGAGGAAGUUCGAGUAGGUUUAGGUUGCGUAUUAGGAUUUUCUAGCCUAUAUAUAUGUAAGUUGGUAUUAGUUCAGGUUAUCAAAUUAAUAAAACAAAGAUCUUUCUACACCAACGUCGUUCUCUCGCUUGUGAGUUACAAGCAAAACUUCCUAACUGAGAGUUUCGGUUUAUCAAUUGGUAUCAGAGUCUGGUUAUGCAUCCUACAGGGAUGGGUGGCAGGACCGCAGAUUGUUGUUCCACAUUGGAGGCAGUCGUCGAGGAGAUACAAAUCAUGCUUCAAGGCAACAUGGAGGCGGUGGAUGGGAUAGAGGUGCAGAUGACGACUGUGGAGGGUAUUUUGCAGACAAUUAUGGCAAAGCUGGAUGUGAUCAUGCCGCAAAGGGAAUGCAAGGGCGUGAUGCCCAAGAUCGGCAGAGAGGAGAGCGCUGAUAAGAAGGACGGCAAGAAGAGCACGACCGGGCCCAAGGGCGACGAUAACAUUCACCACGAUUGGUUGACGACUCGUGGGAGUUGCGGCGGGAAGCCCGCCGGUGAUGAAGGAGUCCGAAGCAGAGAUCAGCAUUAGUUCCAGUUAUUAAAUUUAAAUAACUGAG